AUGGCUGGUGGAGUAUUCUGGGAGACAGAUAUCAGUAAUCCAUCUAUAGAUGGCCUUGGAACAGGUCAAUCAAGAUACUUCCUUAUUUUAUCAGCCCUUUUGGCCAAAGCAACAUCCAAUCAAACAUAUUUGAUUGCAGCUCAAAGUUCAGCUGCAUUCAUCAAGGCCCAUCUGUACAACAUCAACAGUGUUGUACAAGACACUAUAUCAGCUAGGGAAAAUGAUUCAUGUAGCACAAGUGGAAACAUGUGGCCUUACAAUGCAGGACUCAUGAUUGAGGGUUUAGCAACUCUUUACUCAUUUACUCAAAAUGCAACAAUGCAAUCAUUACUCAAUGAUGCUAUUGUUGCAGCUGUGCAAAAUACUGUUUGGGUAGCAGAUAAUGGUAUCAUUGCUAGUGGUACUCAAAAAUUGGGUGAUAAUAUGCUUGCUCGUGGUCUACUAGUAGCAUACAGUCACAAUGCAACAAGUGCUGAAAUAAGGACUUACAUUGAGGCCUUUCUGGGGGUACAGUACAAUGCUAUAAUCGACCUGGCAACUGCAAAUGGAACCAACAUCUAUACAGCUUCUUGGUCAGGCCCACCAUCUGAACAAUACUCUGCAAGCAAUCAGAUUACUGCACUUACAGUUUCAAUUGGUGCUAUUUUGCUUCAGGACAACUCUACAAGCUCAAACUCUUCCCCUAUAUCAACUUCCACCCUAUCCCCUAUAAGAUCACAUACUACUGUACCAGUUGGUGCUCUGAUAGGUGGUAUUGUGGGAGGUGUCAUCCUUUUGAUUACCUUGAUUAUAAUCCCCACAUAUCUGUUGCGACACAAAAGACAACAACAGAUAGGCCAAUCAAACAAAAAUGGAUUGGUCCCAUUUAUGUUGUCAUUUGCAGUAACUUCUGCACCAACCACUCAAUCAACAAGAGGAGUAACUACAGCAACAAAUAACAAAGUAGUCCCUCAUAAUCUUCCAGAACAUAGGGGCUCUUUCUCCCAAACCAUCGGAACAGAGAUUAGGCAAGUUUUUCCAUACUAG